UUCAGUUCGUAACUAGUUAUUGAUCUUGCAGCAGCCUUUCUAGGAGCUAGUAACCUGCUGCAGCGAGCACAUUAAGAUCAGCCAUGGCUUCCGGCUCACCUCUCUUCGCCACGGCGCUCGUCAUGGCGCUCGUGCUCGCGGGCAGCAGCACGAGCCACGCCGCGCGCCGCCUCGCGGACACGGCACCGGCAGCUUCUCCCGCGGCCGUCCCGGGCAUCCCUGCCGUGCCGAAGCCACCAGUGCCAACGGUGCCAACCGUGCCCGCGGUCGCUCUGCCACCGAUGCCCGCCAUGCCGACGGUGCCAGCGGUUCCCCAAGUUCCUGCCAUCCCCGCUGCGACCCUGCCACCCAUGCCAGCAGUGCCGGCGAUCCCCGCGGUGCCCACCACCGUGCCGAACGCGGCGUUGCCCCCCAUGCCGGCCGUUCCCGCCGUGCCGAAGGUGACGCUGCCUCCGAUGCCCGCCGUUCCUAAGGUCACCCUGCCACCGAUGCCCACCGUCCCCAAGGUGACGCUGCCGCCGAUGCCCUCUGUCCCCGGCGUGCCCAUGCCAUUCUUGGCGCCUCCUCCUUCGGCAUAGUCAGAGCAUGCGCCCAGUGUGCAUCUGUAAAGUGUCUGCCAUUUGCUGAUGUCUGAUUGUUGAGUCGCUGGGUCGAGUAUUCAAUUUCCUUUCCGUUUGAUGUGGUGUGGUUGUGUAUUAUCCAUGUACUAUUCGCUAGUUGGAGAGUUCCCAGGUUUUGUCAUUCAUUACAACUUUGUUUAUGUACUCGGGCGGUUAUGUAUGUAUAUGGGUUCCAUCUGGUCAUUUGUGUUUCAGUGUGUUUAAUAAUAUGAUUGAAGCUUAGUUUCGUGUUC